UAAUUAUUAAGUUAGGUCGGUUUCGAGUUCUACAUAGAAGUCUUAUUUGUCUUUCUGUUUCCGUUUUAUCUGUGUCAAUGGUUCUGAAACAGUGGGCCGCAGGAACCAUGUUGACAUAUUCUGGUAUCAUUUUAUUAUUAGUAUUCUCUGGGAUUUCUUUGGUGACAGGCAAACGUCUUGUAUGUUACUAUAGCAACUGGGCUCAGUAUAGAGUUGGUCUAGGUAGAUUCACAACCGACAAUGUUGACCCAUAUUUGUGUACUCAUGUGAUAUAUGCUUACGCAAAAUUGAACGGAAACCAACUCGCACCAAUUGAACUGAAUGAUGAAAUGUACUACCAAAGAAUGAUUAAUUUGAAGAGCAGAAAUCCAAAUCUGAAAGUUUUGCUGGCAGUCGGCGGAUGGGGUGUCGGAUCGAAAGCUUUCACUAAAGUUUCUUCACAAACUUCAAACAGAAUAGAAUUUACACAUAAUGCGAUCCAAUAUCUACGCAAACACAACUUUGACGGCCUAGACUUCCACUGGAUGUACCCGACAUCAAAAGGUAGUCCUGCAGGAGAUAAAUACGAUUUCGCUGAGCUUAUUGCGAGAUUAAUUUCACAACUUCUCUUAAUUUUUUACAUAAACGAUAGAAACUUGGAUUUUAUCACAAUGAUGACUUAUGACUUUCAUGGUGCAUGGGAGAAGAAUACGGGCCAUAAUUCCCCUUUGUUUCAACGAUUGAAUGAGAAACCUCCACAGUCCUAUUCAAAUGUGAAUUGGGCUGCUAGGUACUGGACUUCAAAGGGUAUCCCACCAAGUAAAUUAAACAUAGGCAUUCCUACAUUUGGACGUGGUUUUACGCUUGCAAGCAGAAUGAUCUACGGUCCGUCAGCCCCAGCAAUUGGUCCGUCUCCAGGUGGAAUUUAUACAAGAGAGCCUGGUUAUCUUGCAUAUUAUGAGGUGUGCAAACUGAUACAGAAAGGCGGCCAUGUAUACAGAAUGAACGAUGCACAAGUCCCGUACGUCGUUAUCGGAAACCAAUGGGUUGGCUAUGAUGAUAUAAAAAGUGUUAUAAACAAGGCUAAUUAUGUUCAAAUCGGUGGUUAUGGCGGCGUAGGAGUGUGGACAUUGGCCUUAGAUGAUUUUUCUGGAUCGUGUGGAAGUGGAAAAUAUCCUCUGAUAAGCGCUAUCAAAAAUGCCUUCAGAAACUAAGAUCUCAAGGAAUAUUACAGUUGUAAUAUUACUCUUCAAGUUAUUUAAAAUAAAAAAGGAUUUGUUUCAAAAAUAAAAUAUAAUAUUAAAUCA